CAGAGUACGUUACUAGUAUCACUCGGCUGGUCGCGUUCUGAUUAGGUCGAUAAUUCCAGAUGUUUCCAUGUGAAAACGUGAUGUCGUGAUCUAACAACAAAACUGUGUUACUGUUGCUACGGUUAGCGAUAACGAACGUUCAACGAAGGUGACGUGAAUUAUUACAGCCUGUUUCUUGCAAAGUGAAUUAUAAUACGAGUGAAUAUCGAGGAACAAUGACGAAGACCGAGGAACAAUUCGAUGGUAUGUUGCUGGCAUUGGCACAGCAACACGAAGGCGGUGUACAAGACUUGUUGGACACUUUCUUUAGUUUCUUGGCAAGAAAAACAGACUUUUAUAUCGGAGGUGGCGAAGGGGCAGCUGAAAAGCUUGUUAUGAGUAAAUUCAAGAAGCAUGAAGCUAGUGCUCUUGCCAAAGCUGCUUCUGACAAAGCAGAAAGAACGGAGCAAGAACGAAGACGUAAGGAGAGACUCGAGAAGAAGAGAAAAGAGGAACAGGCUGAAGAGGAGAAGAUAGAUAACGAUUCUAGAAUAGUUGAGUUAACCGAUGAACAAGCUGUUAAAUUACAAGAAGAAAUAGACAACAAGAAAUUAGCAAAUGAUACUGCUGUUGCGGGAUCUAGUAACAACAGUGCUAAGAAAGAUGAAAAUACUGAUUCUAAGAAUGGCAAUGUAUCUGAUGAAGAAGAAGAUGAAAAAGAGAAAAAUAAGCUGAAGCCUAACAUCGGUAAUGGUGCAGACAUGCCGAAUUAUAGAUGGACACAGACUCUUGGAGAAGUAGAGAUUAGAAUACCGCUAAAGGUAAACUUUUCGGUCAGACCAAGGGACGUGGUCGUGUCGAUUGCGAAGAAACAUCUGAAUUGCGGGCUGAAAGGCCAUCCACCAAUUCUUGACGGGGAUUUUCCACACGAGGUCAAACUCGAGGAGUCUACUUGGGUAAUUGAGGACGGAAAACUAUUGCUAAUUAAUCUGGAAAAGGUGAAUAAGAUGCAAUGGUGGGCACAUGUGAUAACCAGUGAGCCAGAAAUCAGCACGAAGAAAGUGAACCCCGAACCUAGUAAACUCUCUGACCUCGAUGGAGAGACAAGAGGUCUUGUUGAGAAGAUGAUGUAUGAUCAAAGACAGAAAGAGCUGGGACUUCCAACGUCUGAUGAACAAAAGAAGCAGGAUGUUAUAAAAAGUUUAUGCAACAGCAUCCUGAGAUGGACUUCUCGAAAUGUAAAUUUAAUUAAGAUAAUUUGAUAAUGCGCUAAAUAAUAUACAUUAAUACUUUUGAGAUUGCAUCUCGCUUUUCAUUAUUAUGAUAUAAAUAUGCGAUCUUCUACACCUGAUGUUGCCGUAUCUUUAAAGAGGGAGAUCAAUUUGAUUAUGAAGAUGGCAGCACUAUGCUAGACUUUGACGAAGUGUGCAGAAAUCUACUAUUGCGAGCGAAAUGUUUAUCGAUCAUUCUCUUCAUUCUUUUUUUACAUUUUACUUAUUUUUUCUUGUAACUUUAGAAAAACAUAGAAGUACACAAUUGUAAAUGUUUAAUUUUUGCUUUGCACUUCUUUUAUGUAACUCAUUUUAUCUGUCAAUUAAAUAAAAAGAAUAUGAGUUAAAACUGUAUGAAAGUAAUGCAAUUCAAAAAA